CCUUUUAUACAUACACUAAUUACAAGCAAACAGAUCACAGUGAACUGGAAACAAUGACUUUUUAAGAAGCAGAAUUUAAUCUUCAAUCAACAUGUCGGCAUACAUGCACAAAGAAUUCUGUCAGUUGCAGCCCAUGCAGCAUAGUGGACAUAUGAAGGGCGACAUCAAAAGUUCUCCAGCCACCUUGUCAUCUCCUGAGUACAGUGCCAAUCAGAACCUCAUGACAGUAGACCAAAGCCCGGUGUACCUUUCUCCAUAUAUGGAAAACAGACAUGACUAUUCCUCUAUAGCUUUCUGCAGCCCUUCUGUUAUAAACUACAACGUACCAGGAAAUUCUAGUGAUUCUGAAAAUUCCAUUAUGAGACAAACUAUGAGCCCAAGUUUAAUGUGGACAGCUCCGGAUCAUAUGUCCCCAGUAACUUUACAUUGCCAGUCCUCGCUGUUGUAUGCAGAGCCACCUAGGAGCCCAUGGUUUGAAGCCAAACCAGAAGAACAUGUUCUGCCAAUUAACCGGGAAGUCAUGAAGAGAAAAUCCAUAGGAGGUGAAUGUACUAAUCAUAUUGGAAGUAACCCGGGCUCCAAAAGAGACACCCACUUCUGUGCAGUGUGCAGUGACUAUGCCUCCGGUUACCACUAUGGAGUCUGGUCUUGUGAGGGAUGUAAAGCUUUCUUCAAGAGGAGCAUCCAAGGACACAAUGACUAUAUCUGCCCUGCUACAAACCAGUGCACCAUAGACAAAAACAGGCGAAAAAGUUGUCAAGCAUGUCGACUGCGCAAGUGUUUUGAAGUGGGAAUGAUGAAAUGUGGAACAAGGCGUGAACGUUGUGGGUACCGCAUCAUACGACAUCGCCGCCACUCCGAGGAUCAGAUGCAAUGUCUUGGAAAAAACAAGAAAAUAAUUGAAAACAUAAGCCGAGUGAAAGAAGUUCUUCCCUGUGCCUUGGGCCCAGAGCAGUUUGUGUUAUCAUUAAUUGAAGCAGAACCCCCCAAUGUUUUAUUAAUGAAUCGCCCCUGCAAACCUUUCACUGAAGCGUCCAUGAUGAUGUCACUGACUAAGCUUGCUGACAAGGAACUGGUUCACAUGAUAGCAUGGGCAAAAAAAAUACCAGGCUUCGUGGAAUUGAGUCUAUAUGAUCAAGUUCGCUUGUUGGAGAGCUGUUGGCUGGAAGUUCUAAUGAUGGGACUCAUGUGGAGGUCAAUAGAACAACCUGGAAAGCUUAUCUUUGCGCCUGAUCUCACUGUUGACCGGGAUGAAGGCAAAUGCGUGGAAGGAAUUUUGGAAAUCUUUGACAUGCUACUGGCUACAACUUCAAGAUUUCGAGAGCUAAAACUGCAACACAGAGAGUACCUUUGCCUGAAGGUCAUGAUCCUGCUGAAUUCUAACAUGUUUCCACUAUCAAGUUCUGAGGAGGAAUCGGACAGCAGCAGGAAACUGCACCACCUCUUAAACACAGUCACUGAUGGACUGGUCUGGGUCAUAGCCAAGAGUGGAAUUCCCUUCCGGCAGCAGUCCUCCCGCUUGGCCAACUUACUGAUGCUGCUUUCCCAUGUGCGGCAUGCCAGUAACAAAGGGAUGGAGCAUCUGCUUAGCAUGAAGUGUAAGAACGUGGUACCUGUCUAUGACCUGCUGCUAGAGAUGCUGAAUGCGCACACACUCCGGGACCAUAGAAAGCCGAUGGCAGCUGCCAGCUACUGUGCCAAAGCAGACGGUAGGGACACCAGCUCCCAGCCACCUCAGUGACUGGCCAAGCUCUGUAACUAAUGUGAAAAAAUGAUGACUGAACAAAGCCUACAAACAUUUACUUGACUUUUUACAAGGCGAUAAUGAAGCUUUCUUCUAUGUGCUGAAAACCGUUUUUUUUUUUGUUCUGUAUUACAAAUGGACAAAAAUUCCCAAAUUCCAAUUAAGAUAGGAAUGUACUUUGUAUAGUUAAUACAAGCAGAUAAUUUUAUAUCGGAUUCUCAGGUGAGUUUCAAUUUGCAUGCACUUGAUUUGUACAUAUUUAUAAUGGCGGAGCCAAGGCUUGUACCUGGAGUUGCCAUUUUUGUGGGGGUACACUGUCCUUAGUGUUUUUUGUUUGUUUUAUUACUUGUCUUUCCUGUUAAUAAUGAUGGCAACAAGCCCUAUCAAUAAAACAGGUGGCAACCUUAUUUUACCCAUGUAAAGAUAAUUAUUGAAUACAGAUUAAACAUGAAAAUGAUGCUGGA